GCAGUGGGAGGAAGGGCUGCGUCUGUACUGCCUGACAACCGCCGUCCUGGCCUCAACUGUCUUCCUCUUCCUGUUCACUUCUUCCAUUUGAGUGCGCAGCCAUGGCCUGGGCUGUAAGCAUCCUGAGGGCCAGAAGAAGAAUGGGUACAGUCAGGGUAGAUUUCAAGGACUUGGGCGUAGCUUUAUGGCCCAGUCAGGUGCUGCGUGUCCCUCCCAACCGGGCCUGGUGGAGCCUCACCCCCACGUCCACCAUGGCGACUGUGAAAGGUAAACUUCUCCAGCACGUCAGCUCCGAAGAACCCGUUCUCCACAACAAGGUCUCCAUUAUAGGAACUGGAUCCGUCGGCAUGGCCUGUGCCAUCAGCAUCAUAGCGAAAGGCUUGACUGAUGAGCUUGCUCUUGUUGAUAGUAAUGAAGGAAAAAUGAAGGGUGAGACCAUGGAUCUCCAGCACGGCAGUGUCUUCAUGAAAAUGCCAAAUAUUGUUUGCAGCAAGGAUUUCCACGUCACUGCCAACUCUGAGGUAGUGGUUAUCACAGCGGGAGCACGACAAGAGAAAGAUGAGACGCGUCUAAAUUUAGUCCAGCGAAACGUAUCUAUCUUUAAGAUAAUGUUUGCCAAUAUUGUCAAGUACAGCCCUCGCUGCAAAAUUAUCAUUGUUUCCAACCCAGUGGACAUCCUAACUUACGUAGCGUGGAAAUUGAGUGGGUUUCCCAAAAACCGUGUUAUUGGAAGUGGCUGUAACCUAGAUACAGCUCGUUUCCGUUACAUGCUUGGGCAGAGGCUUGGGAUCCACUCUGAAAGCUGUCAUGGGUGGGUCCUUGGAGAGCAUGGAGACUCAAGUGUCCCUGUGUGGAGUGGUGUAAACAUCGCUGGUGUGCCUCUGAAAGAGCUGAAUUCAGCUAUAGGAACUAACAAAGACCCGGAGCAGUGGGGCAAUGUCCACAAAGAAGUCAUCGCCAGUGCCUAUAAAAUUAUCAAAAUGAAAGGCUAUACUUCCUGGGCCAUUGGCCUGUCUGUAGCUGAUAUUGCAGAGAGUAUUCUGAAGAAUCUCAGGAAAACGCACCCAGUUUCCACCAUAAUAAAAGGUUUAUACGGAAUAAAAGAAGAGGUGUUCCUCAGUAUGCCUUGUGUCCUGGGAGAGAAUGGCAUAUCUGAUAUUAUAAAAGUGAAGCUGAGCCCUACGGAGGAGGCCCAGAUGGUAAAGAGUGCAGACACUAUUUGGAAAAUCCAGAAAGAUAUCAAGUUUUAAGUCACCCUUGUAAAGAUAUUGAUGACAGAAGACGCAGUGAUGCCCAGUGUGGGGUGACUGGAGUCUGAAAGCUGGAGCGCCUCCCUUUAGGUCGCCUGUUGUGUAGCACCCAGUGGCUGGGGACUUUACAGUUUCUGGGUGACAGCAUUAAAGGUACUUUUGACUUUA